AUGGACGACUUCAGUGCGACUGAGUGGCUGGAGUCCAGUAAGGAGGCGCUGAAGCAACAGACGGCGUUUGCAACUACUGCACGGGACCGAAUAGGCCAGAAGCCCACCAAGAGAACGCCCGACGAACUCGCUGCUGCAUUCGAGCAUAGACAGCCUCCCUCUACGGCUGAGAACCAGAUACGCCACACCGUCCUGACCUACUCCUACGCGCCAUGCCUCACACCAUUUGUCGACCUCAAGCCCAUUUUCCUCGCCGAUCUCGUCCUGGAAACAGUGCAUCGCGGCACCGUUGUGACAGUCCGUACGGUCGGGGACCCACAGCACAAUUGGGCCAUACAGAACGUGAUUGAAGACAGCAAUGGCGAUAGAGACGUGUUCUCUGUCUACAACUUCGAUCUAGGCAUGACCGAACACGGCGUCCUGGCCAAGGCCGCGGUGUUCGCUAUCAAAGAGCCCUGCUACAAGCUGGCUCAAGAUGGCUUUCCAACACUCAUGGUCACUCACCCAUCUGACCUUGUCAAGCUUGAGGACUCAGCCAUGACCGAACCGCUUGAAAAGCACUUGGAGCGACUGACGAUCAGUGCCAGGAGCAUGACCGCAUACAAGAAUGACGGCAACGCAGCAUUCAAAGCCAAAGACUACCGCCAAGCAGUCGAGCUGUACUCAAAAGCACCGAAGGCAGACAAAGUGAUCGAGGCAGAUCUCACGCGGUACGACGUACUGCGCAAUCGUGCGCUCGCAAACAUCCAUCUCGGACGCUUCGAUCAAGGUCUUGCUGAUGCUGAAGCCUCUAUAUUGCCCCCUGAUGUCGCCGAGGGUAUCGACCGCGUGAAGUUCGACAGCAAAGCGUUCUACCGAGCUGGCGUGGCCGCAUACUACCUGCAGAAUUUCGUACAUGCAGAGGAGUGCUUCAGGCAGGUGCUCGAGCUUAGUCCGCAAGAUGUGGAUGCUCAGCGCGAGCUGGAGCGAACAUCGGAACGCCUGAUCGAGCAGCAGACUGGCGAGUAUGACUUCCUCACCAUGGCCGAAGUCGCCGCUGCAGGUCCGAAGCUACUUGACCAUGCUUCCUACACCGCACUGGUCGAGAUCAAGGACACCAAAGAUCGCGGCCACGGACUCUUCGCGAAGCAGGACAUCAAGCCCGGAGAGCUUGUGCUGUGCGAGAAAGCCUUCGCAAUCGGGUUCAAAUCCGACACAGCCAAGGACUUCAACAUGCUGCUCAACAUCAAUACGGGAUCGACGACCACUGGGCCUAACUUGGAACGUCUUUGCAACGCUGUCACCAAGCUCCAGCACAAUCCACAGCUAGCCAAAGGCUUUGCAUGUUUGUACAAUGGUGACUAUCGACCCGAGACCAUUGGACAGGUUGACGGCGUCGUUGAUGUGUUUCAAGUCGAGGCCGCUCUCCAGUACAAUGGCUUCUGCUGUCCAGUCAAGCCUACUGGUGUGGAGUACGAAGCAUACGACGAAUGGUCGUCUGCUGGCCUGUGGCUGAACGUGGCUGCCAUCAAUCACGAUUGUAUCGGGAACGUUAACAGCUCGUUCAUUGGUGACAUGAUGAUAGUCCGCGCCACUCAGGACAUUGCGGCUGGUGAAGAGAUGCUGGUGCGUUAUCAUAUGGAUGACGACUUCGAGCAGUUCCAAGCGGACUUGCAGACUUCCUGGAAAUUCAACUGCACGUGCAGACUCUGUGAGGCCGAGCGCCUGACCCCGAAAAUCCAGCGUGAGCGCCGUCUGGAGGCAUUUGGUCGAGCCAAAGUUCUGAUGGCUAUCAACCCACAUUCACCAGGCCGUGAGAUGCCAUCGAAUUUGGUGAAAGAGGCAGAACGACUUCGCGAUCUCAUCGCGGCCACCUACGACCCCGAGAUAUACGGCAGCCUACCCCGGAAGUGUCUCUUCGAGCUGAGCCAUUGGAUCACGCAAGCAUAUUGCCUCGACCCGAUGCUGAAGACCCGACCAAUGGCUCAGUACACGUUGCAGUGCCUGGGAGUGAAGCUGACUCUCGAAGGAGGCCAAGCCUCUGUGGACUACUCCAAGUCCAUAUCGAACUCAACUGGGGUUGCUGCCAUGAUGUACAUCGCCACGACUUACAAGGUAGAGCGGCAUCUCGACAUGGCGGUGAAAAUUGAGGCCUAUGCGGAGGAGAUGUACGAGGUGCUCAAUGGUUCAACUUUCGGCUUUCGUGAGAAGCACACCUAG